CAAAGCGAGAGGACUUCUUCGCCGCCGUCUUGGCCGUUAUUAAUCAUUGUACAUUUGGCUGUCCUGUCACCGAAAAAGGCCGCGAAUUUCGCUAUAGAGGGAGCGAAAGAGAGAGCACGUUUGAGAAAGAGAGAAGGACAGAGAGAGCGACUCACGCACACCUACGGCCACGUAAAAGAAACAAAAACGACAACUACAACUACAACUAACAGGACGGACUGACCAGCACACAACCACCACCAUACAGUCGCCCGUUUUUAUGUGUGUGAGUGAGAACGAUAUGCCGCAUUUCGUGGACGUGCGACUUUAAAUUUCCCGUGACGUCGCCGCCGCCGUCGUCGCCGUGCGGAAAUUCGCCGCGCUAAAAUCAAAAUUCACUCAAGUCCGCCGCGGUAGUUUGUCGCCGCACGCUAGCCGCUCAGGUUCGCACAUCCACGUCACAGUCGCAGCGCCGCAGCGUCACAAUAUCACAAUAUCCUUCGACGAGCGCGAGAGAGGUCGCCGCACCGCAUGUCCUGUCGCUGAAAUUCGCACGCCAAAUAAUCGUAUAAAGUGUUCGCUUGUGUUUGCCUGUUUAUGGCCAAGAAAAAUAAACAAUAACAAUUACUGCUACCCAUGUGAACCACCUAUAUCGUGAAUUUAAUAUCGCUGGUCGAAGAAAAAACAGGAGUAAAUAGCUGUGCUAUCGGGGCUCAUUAGGCUAACACCGAAUUUCUCCCGCCUUCGCUGGAAGAAGGCCCAGAUCACAUUUCGGACCGGAAGUUCAAUUAAAAGGCGCCAAGCUGUUCGACAACGGCCUGAAGUUGGAUAUUUCCAGCUACCCCCACAUGAACAUCCGCAUGGGCACGAAGGGCAAACGGCCUUUGCGGAGCCUGACGCCGCGCGACAAGAUCCAUGCCAUCCAGAGGAUCCACGAUGGUGAGUCCAAGGCCUCGGUGGCCCGGGACAUCGGAGUGCCGGAGUCCACGCUGCGCGGCUGGUGCAAGAACGAGGACAAGCUGCGCUUCAUGUCGCGCCAGUCCACCACGGACAACCUGUGCGCCGACGCCCUGGGCGAUAAGUUGGAUGGCCCAGGAAGCGGAGGAGGUGGAGGACUCCUGGGUCCACCGGAGAAGCGCCAGCGACUGGAGGCCGCCCUGCCCCUGAACUUCUCCAACAAGCUGAAGUUCGACGAGCUGGCCUUCAAGCGAUCCCCCUUGAAUGGCCUGGACUACAGUACAAACAAGAACCUGGCCGAGCUGGGAUACAAUGGCCUGCCCGUGGACUAUGCGGCCUUCAAUGGCGGGGUGAAGGCCAAGGUCUUUGGGGCCGACAUCAACCGACCCGCCGCCGAUCCCUCCCUCAAUGCCAUCAGUCCGCUCUCGAGUCUGACCCACCUGUCGGGUCUCACGGGCAUCUCGCAGUCCCCGCUGGCAAUCAGUUUCAACGAGCUGACCACAAACCUCAACUUGCUGGCCCAACUGAACCCGGGACUGGCGGCCAUGUCGGGUCUGAACAGCUUUCCGGUGGGUGCUGGUAACCUGAGGAACGCGAAGCCGAGCGGACAGACGCCCCUGCAGGUGCAGAGUCCCAGGAGUGAUUGCGGAGAUCGGGCACAGGGUUUGUCGGUGAAGAACUGGGCCAAGCAAAAGCCAGGGGAGUCAGGUCAGGGCAGUCUGAAUCUGAGCAUCAAGAACGAGGUGAAGGGAGGCGACAUCAAGAGUCCCAGUCCCUCGAUUGCUCCCUCGCAAAUGGGCGGACCCAUGACGCUCUCCAAUCUGGCCGAAGAUCCCUUGCUCUACUGGCUAAAGUCGCAGCAGACUAUGCUGGGACUGAAUCCCCUGUAUCCGCCCACGAUUCCCAUGGGCGUGAACAGUCCCCCGAUACGCUCCUCCACGCCGCAGCACAUGAGUCAGCAUGCGAUGACCCCGCCCAUACCCUCGGCCCCACUGACGCCCUCGUCCACGCCCUCCGGCAGUAUGGACGAAAAGAAUGCGGCGUGGUACAACUGGUGCAAGGCCUUCGGGGCCAGUCUGCACACCCUGAAUCCCAAUGCAGCCACUCUGGCCGCCCUCCAAGCCAACUCGAUGCAACAGCAGGUGGCCAACGCGGCAGCUGAGGGAGGAUCCCUGAGUGAUCCCUCGAACAUCCUGUACUCGCAUCUCACCAAAGAGACUGAGACGCCGUCGGUGCGAAGUCUGUCCUCCAACGAGCAGAAUCCCGAGGCCGACGAGGAUCUGGGAGAGCCCGAUCUGGAUGGCGAGGUGGAGGCGGAGGCGUCGGGAAAGCCGGAGGAUCUUUCGGCUGCCGGCAAGGUGAUGACCCCCUCGCAAAGUCCGAUAGCAAAUUCACCGCCAGGCAGCAGAAGUCCCGAAACGAGGGGCAAGAUCAAAAACCCAGAGACCCCGAAUGACUGCAAAAAGAUCCUAGACAAUAUGCUCUUCAAGAUGGGGGGCUUGGAGGCCAGUGGUAACCAUUUGGUGCCCGAACCGGGGUCCGAAUCCGAGGGCAGCUUCCAGGACACCACCAAUCCGCACACGAACAACAACGAUGUGAGUGCCAGCAACAAUAACAACAACAAUAACUCCAACAAGACGGACGAGGAGGAGAAGGCCAAGUAUCUGGACUGCACCGGGGACGAGGACAUCGAGGCCAUCCGGCACGGUGAGAAGUUCCUGCAGUGGCUGGAGAACUGCAGCAAUCCCCGGGUGACGGCCGUGCAACUGAUGCAGCUGCGAUUCCUGAUAGCGGCCAUCAAGUCGGGCAACGAGACACCGCUCAUCGAGAAGCCCUGCUCCAGGAGCCUCCUGCCGGAGGAGAACGAGGAGAACAAUGCCGAGGAGGAGGGCAGCGGCCGGGGCAAGAGUCGCCGCCGCAAAUAGGAAAAGCCAAAGUUGGCGCCCACGGAGCCAGCCACGGAUACAGAGGAUUACCCAAGCAAUGCACCGAUGCAGGGUGCGCCGGGCGAGGAUCCCUCCCACAGGGGCCACCACGUUUACGCGCCGGCCGUCUACCGAUCGUCGGCCACCCUGCUCAGCUCCCUGUUCUUCCCCCCCUACGAAUUUGUACAUUGUGACCUCGACGAUGAACCGGACGACGACUGCCAGAUCACGGGCGAGUACCAGCAGUACGACGAACUGAGCUCCAGCAGCUAGGUCUUUAGGUCCCUAGAUCAUGAAGGUCCCGGAGGACUCCACCCUCCAUCCUCCACUGAAUUUAUCUCCUAGCUGUGACAACCUAUCGAGCAUACUUUCAGUCUCUUCAAUUCAAUUCCAUUGUAUUAAUUAAUCGUACGGCUAAUGUGUAUAUAUCGAGAAUCUCUAUUUGUAGCUAUUAUGCAUUUCUUUUUCGAACGGAAACAAGCGGUUUGUUUUGUGUUUCACCCAAUGCAUUCUAGACAAAAUGUUAUAGCCUUUAUUUUUUGUUACGAGAAACAACCCUUUCGAACUGCAAGGUGUGUUGGCGCGAUUAACACGCAUUUGAUAUCAAACGUUUUUAAAUUUCGUAUAUUAAUAACUAUGGAAAUGUGCUCAAAAGAAUUUUCUUAAUUCGAAAUUAAUGCGAUA